UUUCAAAACGAAGAAGAACGCGCUUCCGGUUAGCCUGUCAAAAACAACCAGCUAGCAUUAUUAGCCCGAAAGGAUACAAAAAAUGGAAGUAAAUCAAGCGAAACAGGAGCACCUCCUCGCUUUAAAAGUGAUGCGGUUGACAAAGCCGACGCUCUUCACAAACCUGCCAGUGACAUGUGAAGACAGAGACCUGCCAGGGGAUUUGUUCUGUCAGCUGAUGAGAGAGGACCCGUCCACCAUCAAAGGAGCAGAGACCUUAAUGCUGGGAGAGAUGCUCACGUUACCGCAGAACUUCGGAAAUAUUUUCCUGGGUGAGACCUUCUCCAGUUACAUCAGUGUGCACAACGACAGCAGCCAAGUUGUGAAGGACAUUCUUGUGAAGGCUGACCUUCAGACCAGCUCACAGAGACUCAACCUGUCGGCGUCAAACUCGGCAGUAGCAGAACUCAAACCCGAGUGCUGCAUCGAUGACGUCAUUCACCAUGAAGUCAAAGAAAUCGGAACGCACAUCUUAGUUUGUGCGGUCAGUUACACCACUCAGUACGGGGAGAAGCUUUAUUUUCGGAAGUUCUUCAAAUUCCAGGUGUUGAAGCCGCUGGAUGUGAAGACAAAGUUCUACAAUGCCGAGAGUGACCUCAGUUCUGUGACGGACGAAGUGUUCUUGGAGGCUCAGAUCCAGAACAUCACGACCUCCCCGAUGUUCAUGGAGAAGGUUUCUCUGGAGCCGUCCCUGAUGUACAACGUUACAGAGCUCAACACCGUCGCGUGUGGAGAACAAGGAGAGUCCACGUUUGGGAAGAUGUCCUACCUGCAGCCCAUGGACACGAGGCAGUACCUGUACUGCCUGAAGCCGAAGCCAGAGUAUGCAGAGAAAGCCGGCGUCAUCAAGGGGGUGACGGUGAUCGGAAAGCUGGACAUCGUAUGGAAGACCAACCUCGGGGAGCGAGGGCGGCUGCAGACCAGUCAGCUGCAACGAAUGGCUCCGGGGUACGGAGACAUCAGGCUGUCGCUGGAGAUGAUCCCUGACACUGUUAACCUUGAGCAGCCGUUUGAAAUCAUCUGUAAAAUCACCAACUGCAGUGAGAGGACGAUGGACCUGGUGCUGGAGAUGUGUAACACCAGGUCGAUACACUGGUGUGGUGUUUCAGGGCGACAGCUGGGGAAAGUGAGCCCUGCAGCCUUCCUCUCGCUGCCCCUCACUCUCCUCUCGUCUGUGCAGGGUCUGCAGAGUAUCUCUGGACUCAGACUCACAGACACGUUCUUGAAGAGGACGUACGAGUACGACGACAUCGCACAAGUGUGUGUGGUCUGCCCGUUCACCAGCAACGAGUGCUAGACCUUUUAUCCACCUUAAUAUUUUAAACAUGAAACGGACCAACAGUGAGAUUCUGCACAAGACGCCGACGCUUCACUCCCUUUUUGCAGCCUGCGCGGGAAUAAACUGUAUUUUAAAAAUGAACUGUGAAUAAUAUAAAUCACUUUGUUUUGAAGAGAAAUUAUGUAAAUGUGCAUAAAUGUUAAUAAACUGUUUUCUUUGA